CCCGGGCGGGGCGGGGGCGCUCCCGGCGGGGCCGCACAGGUGAUGGCGGAGGUGGCCGGGCUGUGGCGGGGCUGCCGCUGGGGACGACCGCGGCGAAGGCAGUGCCCCGGACCGGAGCGGUGAGACUGUUCCCUCAUUCCAGCCCGGGGAGGGACCCCCCGGCGGGCAGACACGGACCCUCCGGGAUGUGCCGCGGAGGCCGCGUCUGAUGAGAAAUGGAAAUCUGGCAAAAAGUCAUCCUUCCUGUUGUUGACAUCACCUGAAAGCUCCACUGGAAAUAUUUCCACUAGUUUGCUGCAAACAUCACUCUCCCCUGAGGUCUCAACACCUUGAGCAGUGUACAGAGACUUGCUGCUGUCGUCAACCCUGGGAAAGACUGAAGCUGGCAUCCCCAUAGUCCUUCUCCAGAGGUUGCUUUGCAAGACACAGCUAUGAAAUGUUCAUCAGAAAAAACUGUACCAUAGAUCUUUAAGAGUCCAAUGGAUGGCAUAGCAAUAACAUCACUGUCCAGGGAGCUGGAAUCCUUCCUCGCCUGCCUGCGUGCUGCUUGAAUUGAUCCCAGGCCUUUGUUUUUGGAUUGAAGAAACCUGAAAACCUUUCUCUCCUAAUUCAUGAGCCAGCAGGAUGUGGUCGCCGUGCUUUCAGAACGCCUGCUUGUAGCCGCCUACAAAGGCCAAGUGGAGAAUGUGGUGCAGCUUAUCAACAGGGGUGCCAAGGUAGCAGUUACCAAGCAUGGCCGGACCCCCCUGCAUCUUGCUGCCUACAAGGGUCAUCUCCACGUUGCCCAGGUUUUGUUGAAAGCAGGUUGUGAUCUGGAUAUUCAGGAUGAUGGCGACCAGACAGCAUUGCAUCGGGCUGCUGUUGUAGGGAACACCGAUAUAAUAGCCACUCUGAUUCAAGAGGGCUGUGCUUUGGACAGACAAGACAAGGAUGGGAACACUGCUCUUCAUGAAGCUUGUUGGCAUGGAUUCAGUCAGUCUGCCAAAGUGCUUGUUAAAGCAGGAGCCAAUGUUCUGGCCAAGAACAAGGCAGGUAACACACCUCUUCACCUGGCUUGCCAGAAUAGCCAUUCCCAGAGUACUCGUGUUUUGUUACUUGGAGGAUCUCGAGCAGACCUCAAAAAUAAUGCAGGAGAUACCUGUCUGCAUGUGGCUGCUCGUUAUAAUCACUUGCCCAUCAUUAGGGUGCUGCUCAGUGCUUUCUGUUCUGUCCAUGAAAAGAACCAGGCAGGGGAUACUGCACUCCAUGUAGCUGCUGCCCUAAAUCACAAGAAGGUGGUGAAGCUCUUGCUGGAGGCAGGGGCUGAUGCAUCCGUUGUCAACAAUGCAGGCCAGACCCCUCUAGAGGUUGCCAGACAGCACAAUAACCCUGAGGUUGCACUCCUGCUCACUAAAGCAUCACAGGUCUCGCGUUUUAACCGUGGGAGAAGCCUGAGGAAGAAGAGAGAGAGACUGAAGGAGGAAAGGAGGGCUCAGUCAGUGCCACGGGAUGAAGUGGUACAGAGCAAGCAGGGCAGUGUCUCAGCUGCUGACGACACACCCAGCAGUGACCAACCCCCAGAGAGGAAGAACAAUCUGCAGGAUAAACCCCGGUCAGCCUCACCAGAUCCCAAAGGGAAAAAGAGCAAAAAGAAAAAGCCAAAGGAAAAGGUUUCAGCACUCUCGGACCCCAUCUCCCCAGCUGAUCAGCAGACGCUCCCCCAGCCCCAGAAGAACGUGCCCAAGCGCAGGAGUAAACACCACUGCUCCUCUCCGCCCCCUCCCCACGAGGUCCGAGCCUACCAGCUCUACACGCUGUACCGAGGAAAGGACGGCAAGGUGAUGCAGGCACCCAUAAAUGGAUGUCGGUGUGAGCCCCUGAUAAAUAAACUGGAGAAUCAGCUGGAGGCAACAGUGGAAGAGAUAAAAGCUGAGCUUGGGACAGUACAAGAUAAAAUGAAUAUUAAGCUGGGCCAGAUGGAAAGCAAAACUCAACAUCAACUCCGAGUUUUGGACAAGCUCAUGGCCGAGCGACUGUCGGCAGAGAGGACGGAGUGCCUUCACCGCCUGCAGCAGCACACGGAGCUGGAAAAGAGUGAGGGGCAGAAGCGGCAGAUUUCCUUGGUCGAUGAGCUGAAGACCUGGUGCUUGUUGAAGAUUCAGAAUCUGGAGCUCAAGCUUUCUGGAGAUUCCAGGUCAUCAAGACCAAAAUCAACUUUGUCCACUUGUGAGUCUCUCACUGAGACCCUGGAUACUGACAACCCCCACAGUGCCAAGGACUGUAAAGCCAACCAGCCUGUGCUGUCAGAGGGCUCCCACCAGCAUUCCUAUAUCACACUUCCAAAUAGCCUCUUGGAAGAUGGGGGAAGGAGCAGAGUCCAGAUGCCAGAACAAAGCUUUGGGCAACACUUUUGCGUUAAACAAGAUGGAGCAUUGGGUACAACCAUGCCAGGUGCAGAGCAACAGGUAGUGGCUGGUGGACCAGUUUCUUCUGCCCCUGCUCAAGAUGUCAGGCCAAAGGACAAAGCUGUGAGUGCCAGCACGUUCCACAGGUUCCAGCAGGAGCUGCCCUCCUCCGAGCUUUCGGGCUCCAAAUUAAGACAUGUUAAAGUUCAAGCUGUUUUGCAGCCAGUGACUGAACCUGCAAAGACUGAACCACAGAGCGGCUACUUCAUUGACAAAGGAACUCAGACAAAAAAGUCCAGCAAAAGUGGGCAGUCAAGGCACAAAGCUCUGCACCACGCUGGGGCACAGCAGGGCCAGGAGCAGCAGCCCUCAGCCCCGCCUGCCCCUCCACUCAGAGACACCUCCCAGGCCCUGGAGAUAACCCAGUACUUCUUCGAGGCCGUUUCCACGCAGAUGGAGAAGUGGUAUGAGCGGAAGAUAGAAGAAGCCCGGUGCCAAGCAAACCAGAGAGCGCAGCAAGACAAAGCUGCGCUCAAGGAGCACAUCAAAUGCUUAGAAGAGGAGCUGAGCAAAUUAAGGACUAAAGUGCAGAAGGAGAGCUAGCACCUGUCAGGCAGGUAAUCAAGCAACAGGGCUCAUUUUGGAACCUGCUGUAUGAGAAUUUGGAAUACUGAUAGAUAUUUGUAGUGCCUGUUACAUCCAAACACAAUACUCCACUUCAGGAGUAGAAAUAACCUUGGAAACUCCAUGAGGAGAAUUCAUAUGCAAACUAUAUUGAUAACAAAGAAAUGCUGCAGAUUAGAUCCUUUCUUUGUUAUUUCCAAGAGUCUGUCAAUAUUGCACUCUCAGUUUCCAGAUGCUGCUUGAAACCAAACUGCAUUAGUAACCAAAACUGCUUUCUGAAAAGGGAAUUCCCUUACUUCCACACAGGACAAAGACUAGAGGGUUCUACUGUAGGCCACGUGUAAGCAUGUUGUGAUACCAGUACUGAAAUAAAUCCAGGAUGUUUGAAA